CAACUGCGUUGACCACAUAGAAUUCUUAAUUCUGCUUUAUUACAGCACCGCAACACCGACACCUAUGAAGUUGUUCGGCGCGAAAAAGCCCGAAAGGCCAUACCUCAAAGUAUGCAGUAAAUGCCAUGGGAAAGGAAUGUUAUCUCACUUCAACGGCAGCCAGGAGAAAGUUUACGAUGCUUGUGACAAAUGUACAAACGGCGGCCCUAUGCGAGGGUUGGGCGUGACGCUCAAGGACUGGUGCGAGGAGACGUCGUCGCACUAUGAGUGCAUGCGCGUCGAAGAGCUGAAGCACAUGAAGGGCAUCGACAAGGACAUCCUGGAGGAGCUGCCGCGCUACCAGCAGCAGCUGACGGAGGAGCACGGCCAGUCCGCCAUCGCGCUGUGCCUGCUGUGCGACUGCGGCGCACGCUACAUGACAUUUGACCUGGGCACGCGGCGCACCAUCCGCGGCGACGGCGGACACAACGAGGCCGACAAGGAGCACAACAAGGAGAUGGCCGUGACGCUGGCGGCACGCGGGAUACAGGUAGUGCUGCGUCCCUCGCCCAGUGCACCCAAGAAGACGACAGCACCAGCCUCAGGCGCGCAGCAGGGACAGUAGCGCAACCGCCUCCGCCGCCGUCGCCACCAGUCAUAGACCAUCAACAGUCAUCGUCGACCUUUUCCACCAAUUCGGGGCUGUCGGAAAUUCCUUACCCCGCAUGUCGUGUCACGGCCGCGGGGGAAGCCUCCCCUGGGCUGAUCCGCCCACUCCCUUUGAGCAAUGGUUGGAGACCAAAAGCACGAGGUGUGGCGGCUGUCGGUGUAGGUGACGUCCUCCCUGGCGGCUGAUUAAGGGCCGAUCAGAUGCUGGCGAAGAGCUGGGCAAAGAGGGCGGUGGAAUGGAGCUGCUCAGUCGCGGAGGCGGCGGCGCCGGCAGCAGGACCGGCGCUGCAAAGCUGCUGGGCCUCCGUGUUCGGUGCACGCCGUCAUGGAAUACGGCACAUACGUUCCAACUGCGGGCGGGGAGAUGGGUGGGCGGGCUAGCUGACGGUAAAUCGGUGAUUGGACCUGUGCAAGGUACUGUGUGCCGUGGGUGACUGCAGUGAGCCCCGUGUCCUCUUCCCAGGCACUGCAAAAUGAAGUGAGAAGUCGUGCCAUGUGUGCAUGUGAUAAUUGUGAUUGCGUCCUUGUGUGUGGUGAGCAUGGACAAGAAAGUAAUUCAAGUAUACGACAAUCUAUUGAUUCUGCUGCUGGAGGGGAGGGUCACCGGGGCACCGUAGCAUGCGGCGGCGGUGGCAGUUGGCAGCUACGGCUAGCCAUGCAUGAUGCAUCCCCCCAUGCACUGUGCGCGCAGUUACGAUGGAUCGAUGAGGCAAGGCUUAGGGCAGACCAGGCGCGGUCCCUUCAUGGUGCUUGUGCGAUAUGGUGGGACUGGUUUUCAACAUGAGGCUGUGGUGAGACACCAUGUCGUCGGUACGCGUGGCGCGGAGCUGGUGCUGACGCGGGUGCUGGAAGUUGCGGGUAACGAACCCAACGACCUGGCGUGGUGCUGGCUCAUUCUGGGGGCGCUGGUCUCGGAGACCACUCCAAUAUUGUCAAAAUCCUGUUUAG